CCGGGGGGGGGGGGACGGACACCCAGGUGCGCAGGGCUGGGUGGCACGGGGACGCACGGGGGGUGCUGAUGGGGUCCCCUCGUUUUCGGCUCCGGCAGGUCAGCCUCCGGCAGCAUGAUGGAGGACGGGCCUCGCAACUCCAGCGCGGGCCAGCGAGGCUGGUUCGCGGCCAGGAACGGGAGCGGCGGCUCCUUGGACCUGGAAUCCGUGGUGCAGCCGCUGGCCUUGAACCCCUGGGACGUGGUGCUCUGCGUCUCCGGGACCAUCAUCUCCUGCGAGAACGCCGUGGUGGUGGUGGUCAUCUUCUACACGCCGGCUUUCCGGGCUCCCAUGUUCCUCCUCAUCGGCAGCUUGGCCACGGCCGACCUCCUGGCGGGCUUGGGGCUCAUCCUGCAUUUCGCCUUCGUCUACUUCGUCCCGUCGGAGGCGGUCAGCCUGCUGACGGUGGGGCUCCUGGUCACCUCCUUCACGGCCAGCGUCAGCAGCCUGCUGGCCAUCACCAUCGACCGCUACCUGUCCCUCUACAACGCCCUGACCUACUACUCGGCGAGGACGGUCACCAGGACUUACAUCAUGCUGGUCCUGACCUGGGGAGCCUCCGUCUGCUACGGGCUGCUGCCCGUCAUGGGCUGGAACUGCCUGAAGGAGCCCUCGGCCUGCAGCAUCGUCAAGCCCCUGACCAAGAACCACCUCAUCAUCCUCUCCGUCUCCUUCUUCAUGGUCUUCGCCGUGAUGCUCCAGCUCUACGUGCAGAUCUGCAGGAUCGUGUGCCGGCACGCCCAGCAGAUCGCCGUGCAGAGACAUUUCCUGGCCAGCUCCCACUACGUCACCACGCGCAAAGGCAUCGCCACCCUGGCCGUCAUCCUGGGCACCUUCGCAUCCUGCUGGCUGCCCUUCGCCGUCUACUGCCUGCUGGGGGACUACAGCUACCCGGCCCUCUACACCUACGUCACGCUGCUCCCCGCCACCUACAACUCCAUGCUCAACCCCGUCAUCUACGCCUUCAGGAACCAGGAGAUCCAGAAGGUGCUGUGGGCCGUGUGCUGCGGGUGCUUCUCCCCCACCAUGCCUUUCCGCUCCAGGUCGCCCAGCGACGUCUGACGCG